AUGGCUCACGAGAGUCGCAACGAUGCUAUGUUAAGGAUCAUGCCCAACGGGCGAUAUACCGUGGAGGCAAUUAUGGUUAUUAUCUGCGCCACUAUUUCGUUAUACAAUAGCAUCGAGUUGCUUGCUCUCAUCUUCACAUCAUCCAGACGACGCAGCGACUUGUAUUUCUGGAGCAUCACUGCGGCUUCGGUGGGCAUCUUGCCAUACGCGGUUGGCUGGUUGAUCCGCUACCUCGACGUUGUUGGCGAUGUGCCGGAUAUGAUCAUCAAUGACAUCGGAUGGAUGCUCUUGACUACUGGCCAAGCUCUAGUCCUAUAUUCUCGACUCGGACUGCUCGUUAAAAGCGCAGUUGUUCUCUGCGUGACAAAAUGGAUGAUAAUCGUCAACGCUGCCAUUUGGCAUAGCGCCAUAACUGUACUCAUCUUUGCCAUCAGCCGCCAGCGGAAACUCGACCCCGGCGGCGCCUUUGUCAAGGUUGACAAGUUCCAGUUGACAGUGUUUUGCGUACAGAAUUUUAUCCUUUCUGGUCUUUACCUGUGGAAAACCACAAAGAUAUUGAGGAAGAAGACGCCACAGCAUCGAACCAGCCGCGUCCUGUGGCAUCUCAUUCUCAUCAACGUUUUACUUGUACUCAUCGACGUUGCACUGCUCGUCGUCGGCUUUACCAACUAUUUUCUCUGGCAGCAAGGCGUAAAGGCAGUCGGAUAUUCAAUCAAACUCAAGCUCGAGUUUGCUAUACUGGGAAAACUUGGCGAUUUUGUUUAUAACGGGGGAGAACUGGUGACUGACUAUCCCAUGUUUGGGUUUGUGGAUAUGGAGCCUGAGCCUGAGCCCCAAUCCAAGUCAAGGCCAACAGCACGGCCAAUACAAGCCCCUGAAGUGGCCCAUGUCGAAAGCUCCAGGAAGCCAUCAAGUGCUUCUGCUGCCGAGUCGUCGCAGCAUCGCGAGUUCGUAUCGGGCGAGACUGUUGUUGACAAAGGCAAGGGUGUAUUGAGGUGUGCAUUGGAUAAGGGCAAAAGUAAAUGUGUAGGCGACUGCAGCAGCAAUGGUGUUCAAACUUCGAAUUAG